GGGUGGAUCUGCAGAGACUGAGUAUGACGAUUUCUGGCAUGUGACUCAGUCCUCAUUGCUCCUGGCUCCCCAUUCUGCCCUCUUUGGAAUCUGCUGGCCCUGAGAGAUCUGUGAAAAGAGGAGAAAAUGGCCCCAGGAUUCCUGGCAGCAAGACCUUCAAGAAGUCCAGGACCCAGCCUGAAGUCCGGGCUGCUGGGACAUCUCCUCUCCUGCCUACAGGAACAAAAUAGCUACCUGAGCAUGAAGGCUGCAGGAGGUCCCCCACAUGGCAGGAGUUCCAUCUUUGGUGGAGACAACAUCUCCUAAAACUCCCUCUGGAUGUUCCAGGUGGAGUUUGGAGAGGCUGAAGAGAGAUUCCCUCAGCAGAGCUGCUGCACUGCCUUCUGAGGUUUCUGCCCUUCUUCAGGAAGAGGAGGAAAUGCCCAAAUUACAGGAGCUGGUGACGUUCCAGGAUGUGGCUGUGGACUUUACCCAGGAGGAGUGGGAGCAUCUGGAUCCCUCUCAGAGGCACCUGUACAGAGAAGUGAUGUUGGAGAACUAUGGGAAUCUCAUCUCCUUGGGUGAGAACAGCAUCUUCCUGAACCCAUCUGCUUUCUCUCGGGUUCAGUUGUAUAGAGUAAAUCCUGAGGGGAUUUGCAUUUGGGGGUCCACAUAUUCCAGAUCCCUUAAUGGUAGUGGGUAUCAGAUUUGAGAGUGCAUAGAAAUACCUGAGGUGAAGGCAAGAAAUGCCAGUUCCUGUCCAAAUUAAAGGAGACUAAAGAGAUAAGACAACUAAAUGCAGUGUCUUAUUCUAGAUAGAAAAUAUCUAGGAAAAUAGUGCUAAACGGAACAUAUUUGAGACAAUUGGCAUCAUUUACAAAUUAACUGUGAACUAGAUACUAAUACUGCAUCAAUGUUAAGUUUCCUGAUUUUGAUGGCUGUACUGUGGUUAUGGAAAAAAAUGUCCCUGUUCUUAGGAAAUGUGUACUGAAAGAAUUUAGUCAUAGAGAGCCAUGGGGCCUGUAACUUUCUCUUAAGUGGUUUAAAAAA